AGAGAGCCCCCACCUGCCAGUACCAUGGAUGAUGGCCCGCUGCUGCCCGCGCCCCCGGCCCCCGCCCCGCCCGCCGCUGCCACCCCCCGGGUCCCGUUUCACUGCAGUGAGUGCGGCAAGAGCUUCCGAUACCGCUCGGACCUGCGGCGCCACUUCGCCCGGCACACGGCGCUCAAGCCCCACGCGUGCCCACGCUGCGGCAAGGGCUUCAAGCACAGCUUUAACCUAGCCAACCACCUGCGCUCCCACACUGGAGAGCGGCCCUACCGCUGCUCCGCCUGCCCCAAGGGCUUCCGGGACUCCACCGGGCUGCUGCACCAUCAGGUCGUGCACACUGGCGAGAAGCCCUACUGCUGUCUGGUUUGCGAGCUCCGCUUCUCCUCUCGCUCCAGCCUGGGCCGCCACCUCAAGCGCCAGCACCGCGGCGUGCUCCCGUCCCCGCUGCAGCCUAGCCCAGGCCUGCCCGCGCUGAGCGCGCCCUGCUCCGUCUGCUGCAACGUGGGACCCUGCUCGGUGUGCGGUGGGGCGGGGACCGGCGGCGGGGAGGGCUCCGAGGGCGCGGGCGCGGGCGGCGGCGGCGGCGGCGGCUGGAGCCUGGCCGAGGCGGCGGCCGCGGCCUCGCUACCCCCGUUCGCCUGCGGGGCGUGCGCGCGGCGCUUCGACCAGGGUCGCGAGCUGGCGGCGCACUGGGCGGCGCACACCGACGUGAAGCCCUUCAAGUGCCCGCGCUGCGAGCGCGACUUCAAUGCGCCGGCGCUGCUCGAGCGGCACAAGCUGACGCACGACCUGCAGGCUGCCGGCGCGCCCCCGGCGCAGGCCUGGGCGCGGGCGGAGGAGCCCGGCACGGGGCUCGAGACUGGCCUGGGAGCGCGGCCGGUCUGGGCCGCGGGGCUGCGCCUGGGCCGCGCGGGGGGCGGCGUGCCCCAACUGGGGGCCCUGCUCCCCGAGGGCGGCGGCGAGGCGCCUGCCGCCGCGGUCGAGCGCGCGGAAGACACGCUGUACCAGUGCGACUGCGGGACGUUCUUCGCCUCGGCCGCCGCGCUGGCCGGCCACCUGGAGGCGCACUCGGGGCCCGCCACCUACGGCUGCGGCCACUGCGGGGCGCUCUACGCCGCGCUGGCUGCCCUCGACGAGCACCGGCGCGCCAGCCAUGGCCAGGCCGGUGGCUCCGAGGCGGCCGCGGCGGCCCCGCCGGGGGACCCCGCGCCCGGCGAGCCCGCCGCCGCCGCGGGCCGCGGCAAGAAGAUAUUUGGCUGCUCCGAGUGCGAGAAGCUGUUCCGCUCCCCGCGCGACCUGGAGCGCCACGUGCUGGUGCACACGGGCGAGAAGCCGUUCCCGUGCCUCGAGUGCGGCAAGUUCUUCCGCCACGAGUGCUACCUCAAGCGCCACCGACUGCUGCACGGCAGCGAGCGCCCCUUCCCCUGCCACAUCUGCGGCAAGGGCUUCAUCACGCUCAGUAACCUGUCCCGGCACCUGAAGCUGCACCGCGGCAUGGACUGAGGCUGCCGCCGCAGCGGGGCGCACCCCCCCCCCCUCCCGGGUGGCGCGUCUCCUCGCCUCCCUCCCCGGGCGCUAAAGGCGAGGACCCCCGACCGGAGACAUGGGGGAGCCCAGGCAAAUAAGCAGAGAGCCAGCUCUCCUGGGGUGACGGAUCUCCGGAGAGGCUCCAUAGAUGGAGACCCCUGGAAUCCGUUCUGAACAUCCAGAAAUCAGUCCCCCAUAUGCCAUGGAGACCCAGAAACGAGUCUCCCCAAGCCCUUCUCCUUGAGGGGCAGACGCCUGCCUCCCCUCCCCCUCAGGAAGACCAGGAUUCUCCUCGAGAGCCAUCGCUUCCAACCUGGAGAAUGUGGGGGAGAUUGUGUUCCAUAAUUUCCCUGGGUCCCCUUUAAAAUCUUGCCCCUUAAAGUCACUGGUGCGCCCCCAAAAUGGAUAUAGCCGAAAUCUGCCUUCCCCCCCACCCCACAUUCCAUUCCCUAGGAUGAAAGAGGAUCAGGGUGGACAGCCCUGCCCUCAGCCCACUCCCACUGAGGUCAGAAAUGGAACCCCCCCCAGGACCGUCCGCACCCCAACACUAGAAUAGGCUGGUUCGAGACCCUCAAUAGGACGGUCCAAUUGGAUGCACCUGUCCCUGCCCACUGGAAUGGACCUGUUGGUCUGCCCAGAACCCACUCCAUCCUAUGAUACCCUCCCCCACACACACACAGUGUCUCCCUCACACCCUCCCCACCAGUCUCUCCAGUUGUGUCUGUCUCACUUCCUUCCAACCCUGAGGAGAAGGGGCUUUGGGGGUUACCCCACUGAUGAGCCUCAACCUCACCCCACUCCUUGAUGCCUCCUGGACCCUAAUAAACCUAGUCAUGUCAGUC